AUGCUACAGCACAAACACUAUUCCCCACGCCCACCUUCAUCACUGGCAACAGCUCAAGGAACAAACCAUGUCGAUGAAAAAUAUCAAUUACUGAGUGUUGAACCAGUACAAGAUUUGGUAUUUUUCAACUACCAUGAGUUUCUUGCUCUGCAACCUCGAGCUCCAUCCUUGGUGAUCAACCAUUUUCCCAACUACCACGUGUCUGAACAAUCAGAGACAUUCCAUACAACACGAAUAGUUCGAAUACCAAGAUGUUAUACAAGACCAUACUCGGAUAUAGUACCUCAAUUCUCAACAACGUAUCCGGGUAAUGAGGCAGGCGCAAUCAAAAACGAAGAAGGCGAGGAUCACACUUUGGGAACUUUUGAAGGACACACAUUUGGUGUCACAUCACAAGUAGCAACUCUAUCAAAUAUAAUCUCUGAAGAGGAAUUGCGAGUGAUUUUAGAUAAAAUCAAUCUGUAUCUAGUCCAAGCUUACAAUCCAUAUUCGUGGCAGACAGCAAUAGAAAGUAUGAUUGAUGUCUUUUGUGGAGGAAUCUUUAUACAGAUUUUGAAUCUAUUGGGAAUUCAUACGCAUACAAAACGCAUUGUCAACAAAUUAGAGCAAUAUACUUUACAAUUGAAUAAACAAUUCGAGUCUAGAGGAAGAGAUCUCAAGAUUAUAUCACCAAGACGCACGGGAUAUCUUUCGCUUGAUAUUCAGAUACCGAAACCGUAA